UAAACAAGUUGGAAAACAAGUAUUUUGGCCGGAUUUCUUGUUCUUGGAUUCGUGUUUUCGUGGCUCAGUUUUUAGAAACAAAAUUAGGACAAAUGAGAAUGACAUCGUCGACGAAAAUCAUGCUCAUCGCCUGCGGGUCCUUUAGCCCGCCAACUCCGAUGCACUUUCGGAUGUUUGAGAUAGCCCGAGACCACAUCCACCAAAUGGGACUCGGCCAGGUGGUGGGUGGGAUUGUGUCGCCGGUGCAUGACUCAUACGCCAAAAAGGGACUCGUUUCGGCCACUCAUCGCUGUGCCAUGAUAAAAAUUGGACUCAAGUCUUCAGAGUGGAUUCGGCUGUCCGAUUGGGAAACGCAGCAGGAGGAGUGGACAAGAACCCGGCAGGUGCUGCAGUAUCACCAGAAUUUCAUAAACUCUUACCUGAAAGACACGAAUGGGACCAUCAAUAAUCAGCACAUUCCGGCCUGGAUACCGGAGGGAAUUAAAAAGACGGCUGGCCAGGUUCACCUGAAGCUGUUGUGUGGCGCAGAUCUUCUCGAAUCCUUUGCAACACCCGGAUUGUGGAAGGACGAGGAUCUAGAAGCCAUUCUCGGUUACCAUGGCAUUGUCGUGAUUUCGCGUGCCGGAUCCAAUCCGGAGCAAUUCAUCUUCAAUUCCGAUCUAUUGACCCGUUAUCGCCGCAACAUAACGAUUGUGACGAACUGGGUGACGAAUGAUGUCAGUUCGACGCUCAUCCGCCGACUGUUAAGCCGUGGGAUGUCGGUCAAAUAUCUGUUGGACGAACACGUUACGGAGUACAUUCAAAAGUUCGGUCUUUUCGGGACUAAUAGCGACACUAAGUACAUUUUAACACCAGGAAGCACAACGGAGGCCAUGAGUAUCUCACCAAUCUCCCCGAUCAACGAUCCGGACAUCUACAUUGAGCACCGAAAUCGAUUGAACAAACGGAAUUCAUCGUGUGAAGCGAUGGAUGAAACAGAUUUUCCCUCGCCACCACUUCCGUCUCCCAGUGCGGGCAGUAAUGUUACGCUCAAUAAGGUGUUUUGCUGCGCAAAUGAGCCAUCCACGGGACCGCUGGCAAAACCGAUCACCGGGCGAGGAGCUACGUUUCUAGCCCGCCCAGGAAGUGCCGUGCAGAUAAUAACGACCGCAGCUCCUGCUCCGGCACCACCGUCAGUAACGACACCGGAUGGAACCACAAAACAGGCCCACCAAAUCAGCAGCGAUGAUGGCGACCAGAAACACAAGAAGAUCGUGAAAAAGAUGAAGACAUCAGCUGCUUGUCCGGUCUCGCGGGUCUAGGGAGUUCGUCAAUUUCGCUACAACAGAUGCAGCGAUAGCAUAGAAUCUCCGUAGCAACCACUGCACACUUUCAAACGCAUCAACGCAGGCAUUUUCUCCCCAUGGCGGCUUAACCGGAUGGUUUUUGGCUCAAACUCAAUCCCGAGGAUAUGUUUGAAUGUUCCUUAUGUUUCGUUCCAAAAGCUUGUUAGUAUUUAUUCAACCUGUUAUCAAAUUUUCCUAUCCCGAGGGCAAUGCUCUCCCCUGGUAGCUCUCCUUCUACAGCUUCUCUCCUUCUUCUUAGUAAACCUCUUAAGACAGUAGAAGAGUGGUGAUAGACAAAUGGAAUCGAGGAGGCGCUCUCGGUGUGCAAUACUUUUUGGUAGAAACCGUAUGUGAAUGUGAUUAGAUCGAAGACUUAAUAAAAGAUAAGUAGUAACAACA